AUGGAAGUCAAUGGUGAACCAGAUAUAGCUGGUAUUUUAAGCGCGGCUUUAAUGCCAUUGAAAGAUAUGAAACAUGCAGAUAUUUUGGACCAGUAUGAAAUGAACAUGGCUGAUGGAAAUAUAACACCUGACGUUCUAGAACAUUUAUCUCAAAGAACUACACAGAACCAUAGAGAUGGUAUAUUUGGUGAAGAGUUUAGAAAGAAAGUUAGGGAGACAGAAGGAAGAGAACCUAUUGUACAUGACCUUGCAAACGAAAGUUUACAAAAUGUCAUAAAAACUUACUUUGCAGACAAUGAACCGAGAAGGGAUGAAUAUUUAAGAAAACUCAAUUGGACAGUACCAAAUGAAAUGUUAGUAUUGAAAAACAUGUUCCUUGACAAAAUAAAACCAACUACAGAAAUAAACGACGCAAGACUGAAAGAUUGGGUAAAAGCUUUCCCAUUCACAAAAGAUAUAGUUGGUAACAUGGAAAGAAAACCAGAAUGGCUAACAAAACAUAUAUUUGGAAACGAGCUUAUUCCAUAUGGACAGGCUCUGUUUGAAGAGCUUGAACCGGAAACUCAGGAAAGAGUCAUGCAAACAAUACGCGAAGACUCAAAUACAGACUAUGACAAACUCUUUCUAGGAUAUAGGUUACCUGAGAUGGGCGACCAGAGCCAAAAGGCAAAAAGGACAUGGGAAAUUUGCAACAUACUAGAUGAACAUAAUGCAAAGAUGCAACAACUUCAAGCAGAGGGCAAUGAAGGAAAAAGAAGAGUUAAAAACUCAGUCAGGAAGAAAGUAAAGCUUGGUCGGAGUGGGUUCUAUUAUGACAUAUAA